AUGGAGCUCAGUUUGCUUCCUCUAAUGCUCUUGUUGAUUUCCAACAUCUCCCCUGGAUGCACUCAAGACAGACCUAAACCUCUUCUGACUGUUCAGCCUGAACCAUCACAGAUAUUGAUUGGAGAUACAGUCACUCUCAGAUGUGACAUACAGGGUGAAGGAUGGACAUACACAUGGCAGUGUGGAGGUAGUGAGCAGGCCUCUAUAGAGAAAGAUUUCAACAUCACUGCAGUGUCCACACAGAAAUGCAGGUGUUGUGGCAAGAGACAAUCAGAUACCUCUGAAUGGAGUGAAGAAGUGACUCUGACUGUGUUGUACAAACCCAAAGUAAGUGUAAAGCCGCAGAGUUCAGUGUUCACUGGAGACACAGUUACUCUGAGCUGUAAUGUGGGACAGUCAACGGGACGAACGGUUUUCUGGUUCAAAGACUUCAAGAGAAUAAAAACUGGUGAUGAAAUGGAAAUACUGAGUAAUGUGAGUAUUUCUGAUGGAGGACAGUUUAGGUGCAGUGCACAAAAAGGAAAGUACUUCACAACUCAAAGUCAAAGAGUUGUGCUAACAGUAAGUGAGAGACCCAAGCCUGCGUUGCGUGUUGAGCCUGAUGUACAUGUGUUCAGAGGACAGACGGUCAAUCUCACAUGUGACAUACAGGAGACAGACGUCAGCAGCUGGAGCUACAUCUGGAGUAAAGAUGAUUCAGAGAUUGAUGUCAGUCAGUCACAGGAAUACAGAAUCAGUUCUGUUAAUGAAUCUCACACGGGUCGUUACAGCUGUACUGGAAGAGAAACAGGAAGAUCACGAUCCUCACACACCAGUAAUACAGUUACACUCACCGUAUCAGACAAAACCAAAAUAUGUGUAAAGCCGCAGAGUUCAGUGUUCACUGGAGACACAGUUACUCUGAGCUGUGAUGUGGGACAGUCAACGAGACGAACGAUUGUCUGGUACAAAGACUUCAUGAGAAUAGAAACUGGUGAUGAAACAAAAACAUUGAGAAAUGUGAGAGUCUCUGAUGGAGGACAAUAUGCAUGUGCUGUAGGAAAAGAGACCAGACAAGGCCAUAAAGUCAUGCUAACAGUGAGAGAGAGACCCAAGCCUGCGUUGCGUGUUGAGCCUGAUGUACAUGUGAUCAGAGGACAGACGGUCAAUCUCACAUGUGACAUACAGGAGACAGACGUCAGCAGCUGGAGCUACAUCUGGAGUAAAGAUGAUUCAGAGAUUGAUGUCAGUCAGUCACAGGAAUACAGAAUCAGUUCUGUUAAUGAAUCUCACACGGGUCGUUACAGCUGUACUGGAAGAGAAACAGGAGGAUCACGAUCCUCACACACCAGUGAUACAGUUACACUCACCGUAUCAGCUCCAUCGUCAGUGGUCAAACUGCUCAGUUCUCUGCUGGCAGCUUCUCUAUAUCUGCUAGUGUCCAUCAUACUGGGAGUCAAGUGCUACAGAGCUCAUGUUCAAUCUGAUGAGUCUGUUGAGAUCAAAUAUACUGUUACAGAGGAGUGAAAGUCUGCAGUCCUGGUGAACACUAUGUUUUUCU